UUAACCAACAAGCAAUGACAGCUGGAGUGGACUCAUCAUUGUGGCUGAUGGGAAAGUGACGGACACAACAAACAAUGUGUCAGAAAACAGGAACAGCCACAGGACUUGCAGUUCCUUAGCAUCUAAAACAUGAACCAGUUCAACGGAUCGGAUUUUCCAUUUAAAUGCAUAUUAACAUUUCAUCCAUUAUAGUCAAGGGGGGCAGGUGGUCCACUAUACAUACUGGGUAUGAGGGUCUCUGCUCUGCCCCCCCCCCCCCAGAAGGAAAGGGAUUCUGACAUCAGGACAAGAUAGAAUAAAAAUAAUCCCACUCAUACAUACCAGCCUUACUGGAACUCGAGGGCUAUUCUAUAUUUAACUUGUUUUGGACAUCAACAAAGGUGGGACACAGAUAACCGAACACACACCAGUAAUGUCUUCCUCUUAUGAGAGAUAAACUAAAAGUGGUCCAGUGAGAGUUUUGACCAAGUCUGUGAAAGCCUCCAGGGCUCAGAAAAUAAGAAAAAGAGGAAGUGGUGUAUUUUUUUUUUUUCCUAAGCAGAGCGCAAACUGUUUGCUCACCCGGGGGUGGGGGGUGAUACGUCCCUCUUAAUAGGUUAUGUAUUAAAUGGGACUCUGCCCUGAGACCUAGGUUUUUCUUUCGUAGGUGAUCAGUGGAAGUACCGCAGGUAUCGGAGUGUUUCCGCACCGGGGUUCGAGCGGAGAUGAGGUUUGUCUCUCCAUCUCCCGCAGAAGGGGGAGGGGACCGGGACAGGAUCUAGUUCUGGAGGGGAACGACCGAGCCAUUCAAGCCUUUUUGGAAUUGAAGAAGGUCCCCUUUUUUUUCCCGGGACACUUUUACUGCGGAAACAUGGUACCCGACAGCUGAAAGUGCGCGCGCCAGACUGGCCAGGAACGGCUUAAAUUUAGGAAGGAGUCGCUGGGGCACGUGGCGACCGCGAGCAGUUCCUCUUCUACAUGGUGUAAAAACCUGGAUCUGCGCGCGCGGAAGGGCCACGAGCCCAGCAGCAUGUGCGACGUGCCCGAGAAAUCAGGUGACCCCGGCGUCCGUUCGAACCCUCGUCGGGGCGGACUGGAUACGGGGGACGACCCUAGAUGCGACACUGCGGCUGGAGACGCCAAAGACCCCAAAGACCCCCGGCUCUCGGCUCUCGGAAGUGAUGCCGGCCCCUCCGAGCGAUGGUCCAGGGCGGCAGCUCGGGUUCUCCCCGCCGGGUCUCUGGUCGCGCCGCCCCGCAGGGCGAGGCUCCAGCGGCAGCAGGAGGUGAGCGACCCCUCCGGCGGCGGAGGCGCGUCGCUGAAGCUGUCCGGGGAAGCGGCCGAGAAGGGCUCCCUGACCUCCGCCAUGCGCAAAAGGUACCUGAAGGAGCUGCUGCUCAACAACCCCUUCCGAAGCGCCUUCGGCAGCAUGAUGAUCCUGCAGGGCUCCGGCUGCGCCGAUGGUCCGGCGGAGGAGGAGGAGGAGGGCGGCAGCGGCGGUGCCGGCGGCUCCUUGUUGUGGGCGCUCGACCCCACGGAACACGCGUGGAUGCUCUCGGCGCCGGACGGGAACUACGAGACCAUCGCCGAGUACCUGUGCGAGGACUUCAGCCUCCUGACCAGGAAGGACUUCAUCAGCGGCUUCACGGUGCUCCACUGGCUCGCCAAGUACGGCAGGGACGAGACCCUGGUGAAGGUGCUCAGGCUCGCGGCGAGCAGGGGCUCCCCGGUCGACGUGAACCUCAAGGGCAGCGGCGGUCUCACCCCGCUGCACGUGGCCGCCAUGCACGGCCAGCACAUGGUGCUCAAGAUUCUCGUGGGCGCCUUUGGAGCCGACGUGGACGUCAUGGACUACAGCGGCAGAAGGGCCUGGCAGUACCUGCGCGGCGGCGCCAGCCUGGAGAUGAAGGAGCUGCUGGGCGCGUGCGAGUGCCUCGCGAAGGCCGUGGGGGGGCAGAACGCCAACAACAACAGCUCGUGCUCCGCCUGUCAGCCCGCAGCCGAAGCCCCGGGGGUCCGUGAGCACGUGGACCCGCCCCCGAGGACAGACGAGCGCGGGAGGUUCGGAUCCUUCAAAAGGCUCUUCGCGCCGCUCUUAAGCUUCGGGAACCUGGGUUCGAGAAGCUCCGUGCACGCGCACUCGUGACCGCGCUUCGGUUUGUGGUUCUUCUUGGAGGCACUUUGUUUCAGAAAGAAGUGAACGUUUAACUCGUUUUCUUUCGCUUGAAUGUGGCUUCUUUUAUCUCGGAAGAACGAUUUUUUUGGACGUGUUCUUGUAAUUAUUUUAUUUUGUUACUGGUGUGGUUCUGUCGUGAUAAAUUAGCCUGAAAUAGGCAGUAAUCAAAGGAAUGAAAUGUUUAGUUUUUCUAAUGAACACUGUUGGCACUUUAUUGUAAGCUGUUGUAUACUGUUUAUAUAUGCGGCUCUUUUGGAUUGAUUGCAUUUUCUUUGAUUUUCUUCUAAUUAUAAAAGAAUCAUGUUGACAGUUAAUGGUUGAACAUUAUUGUAAAUGGGAUCUAGAUAUUUCAAAGCCCUUAAAAUGUUCAAGAACUCUUUUACUCGUUAAUUAAAAUGAAUGUGAAAUUCUGUGU